GUCGCCACCACCGGCGCUCUAUCCUUCCCUUUGCGGUGUGCUACGACAAGCAGACUGUUUCUGCGGCUUUGUUCGCGUUGAAGAUCUAUAUCUAGCUUAGGCCUCCUUGCAAGGGGAUAUGAUCGGAUGGCGUACAACUCUCACGGCUUAGCCCUUCUCACUGCAUUGCCCAUUGUCCUUGGAGUGGUUCUCAUCAUUCUCGUCGCUCUUCUGUGGCGCGCUCAUGGGAGCAAAAGAUGCCGCUGUUAUGGACGAGGAGUCCGAGAGUCUCUCAGGGCUCGUCCUUUCACGUUGUUCUUUCCUCCGAGUCCCGACUUCAUCCGUUCUCAGACUCGCAGUCCGAGUGAGGAGGAGGACAAGGACCUACCGCUGUCCGAAUCAUCUAUUGAAGCCAAGGCAGGCACGCUGUAUACCAUCACCGAGAGAGACGAGAUCGAGGAGAGCAUAAGGACCGGGACAUGGACAGGAAUGGGCGCUCGAUCAAUACCACGGAGUCAGGAGAGGGACUCCGAGCAAGGGAGAUUGACAUCCCAGAGUUCUCGGGCGACCUUGAGGCAUCAUCAUGAUGCCAAUGACGGAGAGCACGAGGGUUAUACGCAGAAGGAGAUAGUCAGGAGUCUUAGGGAAAGGCCAUCACAGGAUACAUUUGACGGCAUCACUGGACGACUGGCGGAGUCUCCUCGAAACGGCGAACGUUUACCAAAAUACCUCCCGUCGCCCACCACAGCCUCGCCCUCGACUCCAAGCCGACCUAUCACCACGAACGUCACUCCGCCCAUACGAGACAGGACUAGAACCGUCUUUAAUUCCUUUGGCGACCGGUUGGUCGCCCCUGUGCGUCAAGCACCACAAACCACACCUCUCGGGGAUCUCGUCCCAGGGUAUUUCCCUUCGCCCACCGUUAUUACACACAUCAACUUGCCUCCCCUCGUUAUGUCGCCUCUACCACCCCCACCUCCUUCAGCGCGACCCACACGACCCAUUCGACCGCUUCCUCCAUUACCUAUACCUCUCGUUCCUGUUCGCCCACCACUCCCUGAACACCCGCCGCCGCCACCACCGUCUAGCAUGCAUAGGUCUCGAAAUCCGGUCUACACAGACCUUCCGCCUCCGUAUGCCAAGGUCACGAUGAUAUGACCUUUGAACUUGCCCAGCUUCGAUGGCAUGGCAGAGCGAUCCGUGAGGACUCGACAGCACGACAUUUACGACUACGGACAUUCACGACUUCACUUUGUAAAUUAUACAUACUGUACCGUCAUUCCACGAGGCUGUUUACACAGGGUAUCAAUCCGUUGCUAAGAGGUCCCCAGACAACCCAGUCAUUACAUUCUCGUGCCAAAUCUUCCUUGUUUGUGAAUAACUGACAUCAAUCGACCAAACCUGACCCUGUCAAGAGACAAGGCCUUCAAAUUUGCCCCUGUCAUCAUACUCUCCCUCACUCCUCCAAAUCGCUGUCCAUAGACUCCGAAUCCGUGGUUAACUGGCUCGUCCAGUGGUAGCCCUCCGCCCAUUCCGAUUUAUCCGGCCAGUCCUUAUCAGCCUCCUCGCCAACAACAAUUCUCACGCCUUCUAUUGUCCGCAAGUUCUCCUCUUGAUAAAAGGCGAUGAGACAUCUAUCAAACGACACGACAAUCGGGUCUCCGCCGGGAUGGGAGCUGCCUCGAGCUUUUGCGCGCAUGAGGAGACCUCGUCUUAACGAGUUAAACGUGGGGAAGCCGCCUUGUUCAGAUUCGGCGUCGACUUCGACAGUCUCGAAUCUAAUGCGAGUAGCGGAUGGAAAGAUGGAUGGGAUGUAUGGUCGCGACACUGCCUUCGAGACUGGGAGCGCAGUGGGAGUUGGGUUCUUUUCUAAUGGCUCUCUCCCGACCUCCUCGGUCACCACUUGGUCCACGUCCCGCGCCUCGAAUGCCUCCAUGAAUCCGUACGCAACAUCACCUGAGAUACAAAGUUCGGUCACGUUCUUCAUGUGGCCGAAAGUCUGCUCCCAUCUGUUCUGAGAGACAUGGAAACGUCCCGACACAGCCAAUGUCCGGACAUGUUCGAGAGGUAGCUCGGCACAUAUCUCCGUGAGCAGGCGAGCGGCUGCCUUUUUGGGAUACGUGGGGGUGCUCACCCACGCAACAGAGAAAUCGUACUUCAUGGCCGGUUCGUCGUCGAAGGGGAAGGCUGGGCCGCCCGAAUAGGACUUCGAACCGCCGUCCUCGAACUGUCGAAAACGUAGGCCGUUGAAUCUCGACUCAUCGAUGACGAGCUUCGUGAGCCUGGAGGAAUCGGUGGCACAUUCCCAACGGCGUUCCUUUCCGCAAAGACGGGCGACCAUGUCACGUAGAGCAGGCCCAUAGAAGGCGGGAUCGUUUUCGUGAGCUAACUGCACGACCUCGAUGAUGACUUUUGCGUCGGGAGGGAUAGAGAGGCGGGUGACAAUCGGGGCACAUAUGCU